AUGGAGGAAAUAUUCCCCGAUUCAACGAUGAACCACGGUGUUGAUCAACCUGUAAGUUUCAAGAUAGGCUUUUCAGAUAACUAUUGAAUUGUUUCAGGUGUUUCAUCACGGCACACAUUUGGAUGACAGUGAUAUGAUGAUGGAUGAAACAGAUUAUGGAGGGGUAAGAAUUUUCUAACUUAUACCGUAAUUUCCUUAUUCUUAUGCUUGUUUUUUUUCAGUUCCAAAUGCAUUAUCCAGAAGAAGAUGAGCUUGCUGAAGGUAUGAUUCCACCAAGAGCAGUUCACCAAUGUAAUGUAUGCAACAAGAUUUUUGUGUCAUUCAAAGGUUUGUCUUUUUCAUUGUUGCCCUAACAUUUUCGUAUCGAUUUUUGUUUAGGACUUCAACAACACGCUGUUAUUCACACGGAUCAAAAACCAUAUCAAUGUGACAUUUGUGCAAAAUCGUUUCGUUUCAAAUCGAAUCUUUUCGAACAUCGAUCAGUUCACACUGGAUUCACACCACACGCUUGUCCAUAUUGUGGAAAAACUUGCAGGUAAUUUGGUUUUUGUAAAAAAAAAGUGCUAAACAAGGGCAAUUUGAUAUAUAUUUUCUCGGAAAAUGUUUUUAUAUACGAAAGUUCAAGAGAUCAAAAUUUCAAGAUGAUAAUUUUUCAUUUAACAAUUUCAGACUAAAAGGAAAUCUGAAGAAACAUUUGCGAACUCAUGUCACAACAAAAGAAGAACUUGAAGCUGCUUGGCGUCCAUUUGCAAGUAAUCGUCGACCACCGGCUGAUAUUCCUGAUGAUGCGAUAAUUGUUCGUGGCACCGGAGGCACAUAUUUCCCACAACCAUCACGUCCAAGAAAGAAGAAGCUUGGUUUGGGAGUUGAUUCGAGAUAUUGGGUCGAGCGAAUUAAGCGAGGAGAUAUUCUACCAUCGAUGAAUAUUGUUGAUAAAGUUCAACGAUUGGAAGAGAAUGUGUUCAAUAAUAUAACAACAUCAUCGACUCGUGCACUGUUUGAAAUUGCCAAAAGUAUUUCAUUUGAAUCAUAUGAUUGCCCGCUGUGCAAAGCCGUUUUUAUGACACGAAAUGAUUGUUUGACACAUUUUACCAUGGAACAUACUGCAAAUCAAGGAGAUUUGGAAUUUUUCUGUGAGGUAAGAUUUGAUUUUUUGAUCGGGUUGAUGAGAUGCUAAAUAUUCUGAAGCGGGAUGUUGAAUCCCACAAACCACAGACAGACAUAAACUUUCAUUGUUUAUUACUUGAAAUUCAGUCGCCUUAUGGAAUUUUUUCGAGGGUUACAGUACAAAACUUAUGCAAAAUAAAUUAAACCUCAAUUAUUAAAAUUGAUCUAUAAAUCCGAUGAAAAGAGAAAUAAACUGAAAAAGAACUAUAUACUUUUGAUUUCAACUUCCUCUCCCAUAAUUUUUGAGCCUUUUUUGAAAUUAGUAUACCCAAAUGAGAUAUAAUCAAAGUUCUACUGCAAAAUAAUUUUUCCAUCAAAUCAGUCUAGUGAGGUCUGUGAGGGUUACCAGACCAACUUCAAAGUUUUAACAAAAAAAUCUAAAUAUUUUUUUUUCAGAAAUGCUGUCGACCAUUCGUUGAUCAGCAAAGUCUUGAACAACAUCAAAGUUAUCAUGUAAGAGUUUUCAAUAUGCUGGAAAGUGAAUCGAUAUCGGUAAGAUUUCAAAAUUCAAAAUUCAGAAUUCUCAAUUUCAUUUUCAUUUUUUCCAGCGUGGCAAUCCUCAAAUUUUGGUCCCAACUCCGGAAGAUUUAUCGCUGAUGUUUGGUGAAACAAUAAUUCGACCUGAUCAAUCAAAUCACGGGAUGAUCGACAAUAUGAAUGCGCAUCAGAUGUCAUAA